AUUCGAUUUUUGUGCCCAUCGAAACGCGGUGUCGUCAGUGCUUUCGAUUGAGUGCUGCUGCUGCCUCCUUUCAACCUCUCUCACGCUCCUUUUUGAGAGUUUCAGUUGCAGCAAUAUGCAAGCCUGUGGCUCACUACUUUCAUAGCCACUGAUCGAACCAAAGAGGACGAAUUGAGCGGGAACUUAGCUGGAGCAAAUACCUGAAUAGGGAAAGCCGUCGAGUGGAAAGAAGAGAAGAGAAGAGAAGAAGAGAGGAAGAGUUCGUUAGCCGUUAGCCAUGGGCAAGAAGGGCAAGGGAAAGAAGGGCAAGAAGGGCAAGAGGAAGACCGCAGCUGUUGCACCAGUCGCAGCGGAGCCCUGUCCGACAUGCCCGGAGUUACCCAAGGUCAUGUCGCCGCUGGAUCCAUGCCCGGAGUCCAGCGGCCCCCACGAUGUGGUGCGCGCCCAGCCCAAUCACUAUCCGGCCCUGCUGCGCAUACCCGAGACGAUGGCGGUGGUGGGGUCCGAGAACGGGUGCUACGACAGCAUCUGCAAGCUGCUGCGCGCCGGCUUCCGGUGUGCGGAGCGCGUCUUCGUGAUGGCGCCCUGGGGCAACUACGUGGUCUUCCGCUACCACAACAACAGCGACUUCAUUUACUUCCUGUUCGACGGUUGCACCUGCGGUAACCGAUUCCGGUACUUGGACCUGAGCUGCGGCACCGCCGGCUUCCUAUUCUUCGACAACAUGCACGACGUCAUCAGCUACAUCAUCCAGUCGCGCAAGACGCGCCUCUACCUGGAGAAUCUCAACAAGAUCGCCAUCGACCAGAUCGUGGAGGAGUACGGCGCCGUCACCUACACCCAGAAGGCCAAGUGCAUGCGGUUCGCAUAGGCAGCCCUCCGCCCACCCGAAGAGGGGGAAACUAAAGAGACCUGAACUGAACCUGAGACUGAGCCUGAGACUGAACCCCCCCCUGCAACAGCCGAAAGAAGCCCAAAGAACAUUGAACAUUGAAUACAGCCCAAGCAAAACACACACAGAAAUUAAUACUGAUUAUAAUUUGAAUACACACAGCUACUCAGUGAAUCGAACUUGCCUGAAUUUACAACAAAUAUACUAUAACGAGUGGUUUAA